CAUGGACGUCCAGCGUCAGUCGCUGCUCAUUCAUAAUUCAUAAUUGCCUUCAUCUCGCUUUCAGAUGAAUCGACUUGUGGUUAUCAUUGUGACUAUCCUUGUCCCCACUGGAUACAGUGCUGCAGAAGUUUUGUGGUGUUACCAUGAUCCUAGUUGUAAUGACACCACUUGGUCCACCAUUGCCAGUGAACAUUGCAAUGGAUCCCGUCAGUCUCCCAUCAACAUCAUCUCCACGUCGGCAGUGGGCGACGCAAACCUGGCUGAAUUCAACUUCACCAAAUACGGAGACAACUCUACAAUGAAGAAUAUCAAGAACACUGGCGAAGCUGUCAAAGUGACGCUCACGAGUGGUGUCCAAGUUACAGGUGGGGCACUGUCUGAGGCCUAUGACAGCCUGCAGUUUCACCUCCACUGGGGGAAUGGUACCUCAGUACCUGGGUCGGAGCACACAGUGGAUGGAACCCGCUACCCCAUGGAGUUGCACAUAGUAAAUGCCAAGUCUUCGCUCAAUGGUAACACGACCACGGCCGUUGCAGACAGCACGGGACUCGCUGCUCUUGGCUUCUUCAUAGAGGCCAUGCCGGGUAAUGCAACUGGUUCACCAGCAGCCUGGAAUACUCUGACAUCCUACUUGGCCAACAUCACACUAAAAGAUGAUAUUGUGAACAUUACUCAUGCUAUUUCAUUGGAUGAGCUCCUGGAAGGGGUGGACCGUACCAAAUACUACCGUUACCUUGGCUCCCUGACCACUCCAAAUUGCAACGAGGCUGUGGUUUGGACCGUGUUCAAGGACCCUAUCAAAGUCAGCCAGGACUUGAUUGAUCUCUUCAGCACAACAUUGCACAUUGACCACAACUCCACCUCUGCCUUGAUGACCAAUGUCUUCAGGAACAUCCAGCCUGUCAACGGCAGGAUGGUGACGACCCAGAGCAGCCCAACCACAGCCCCGCCAGUGUCAGAAGCCUCCACAAAGUGCUCCUCUCUGGGCCUUAUGGCCCUGGCCUGGAUGCUGCUGAGGGUUUAGUGUCGGCAAGUAAUGCCUCACCUGAAGCGCACUUCCAUGUCUCCAUUAACCCUAAAGCUAAAUACUGUACAUUGAUUACCACAUGGGUCAUUUUGACCCCAUGGAGAAACUAUUGGAAAAAACAACAAUCAUAGCAAAAUAUAAACUUAUUUCGUAUCAAAACAUCAUUAUUUAGACAUGUCAUUAAUAUUAUCAACAAAAAAAAUGAAAUACCAAAACAGAAGUACAGUCAAUUUGCAGACACUAACAAACUAAUUUACAGUGCCUUCGGAAAGUGUUCAGAAAUCCUUGACUUGUUCCUGAUUUUGUUACAUUACAGCCUUAUUCUAAAAUUGAUUACAUUGUUUUUUUCCCUCAUCAAUCUACACAUAAUACCCCAUAAUAACAUAGCAAAAAUAGGUUUUUGGAAAUGUUUGAUAAUAUAUUACAAAUUAAAAAUGGAAAUAUCACAUUUACAUAAGUAUUCAGACCCUUUACUCCGUACUUUGUUGAAUCACCUGGCAGCGAUAACAGAAUUGAGUCUUCUUGGGUAUAACACUACAAGCUUGGCAUACUGAAUUUGGGGAGUUGCUUCAAUUCUUCUCUUUAUUUCAUAGUUUUGAUGUCUCAGUAUUAUUCUACAAUAUAGAAAAUAGUAAAUAUAAAGAAAAACCCUUCAAUGAGUAGGUGUGUCCAAACUUUUGACUGGUACUGUACAUCCAAACAUAUUUUAAUGCUCCAUUCUGCUUUUGAAACAUUUUUAAAGCAAUGAUUCAGAAAUAUAGUACCCAACAUGAGCUUUGUAAGGGAUUACACAAGAAGGGAAAUGACAACAUAGAAAUAUUUUUUAACAAUUCCUGCAACAACAGGGUGAUCAAAAGAUACGGCGUAUGUACACACAUUUCAGAAAUGUGCUUUGUUUUAAGGUAAGGGUUUUCACUUAAUAUGUUCACCACAAGGUGUCACUGUUAGAAAGGUCAAGAUGAAUUACUUGUAUGGAUAAAGAGGUGAAGCAAUGCAGACUGGGAGAAUGAUAAGACGGAUGUGAGUAAAGCCAUGUUAAAACUUACCUCUCUACCUAGACCUUUUGUUACUGAUUAAAGUCUUCAGUUACUAUACACAACAGCUAGCAAACUAUUUAACUGUAGAGUCUGACCUGCAUAUCUAUUGAUUAUGAUUCGACAUGGCAGACUGACACACUUUCAUCAUAUCCUUCCCACUAGACAUCAAUCAGAUGAUGAUUUCUUUCCACAGUGAAAGUUCACAUGUUCAAGAAGGAAUUUCUACCAAAAAAAUAUGCAUUUUGAUUAAAAUAUAUAUAUUUAAUGUUUCAAAUGCCUCUCUUGUGAAGUAGUAACGUCCGCGUUCGCUUGCGACGUCACAUUUGUACAUUUUCUCACUACUGAACUGUGCGGAGCUGAAUGGAGCUGUUUUGCACUGGUCUGGUUAUGUAUGCUGGAACCAUGCUGUGCGGAGCUGAAUGGAGCUGUUUUGCACUGGUCUGGUUAUGUAUGCUGGAACCAUGCUGUGCGGAGCUGAAUGGAGCUGUUUUGCACUGGUCUGGUUAUGUAUGCUGGAACCAUGCUGUGCGGAGCUGAAUGGAGCUGUUUUGCACUGGUCUGGUUAUGUAUGCUGGAACCAUGCUGUGCGGAGCUGAAUGGAGCUGUUUUGCACUGGUCUGGUUAUGUAUGCUGAACCAUGCUGUGCGGAGCUGAAUGGAGCUGUUUUGCACUGGUCUGGUUAUGUAUGCUGGAACCAUGCUGUGCGGAGCUGAAUGGAGCUGUUUUGCACUGGUCUGGUUAUGUAUGCUGGAACCAUGCUGUGCGGAGCUGAAUGGAGCUGUUUUGCACUGGUCUGGUUAUGUAUGCUGGAACCAUGCUGUGCGGAGCUGAAUGGAGCUGUUUUGCACUGGUCUGGUUAUGUAUGCUGGAACCAUGCUGUGCGGAGCUGAAUGGAGCUGUUUUGCACUGGUCUGGUUAUGUAUGCUGGAACCAUGCUGUGCGGAGCUGAAUGGAGCUGUUUUGCACUGGUCUGGUUAUGUAUGCUGGAACCAUGCUGUGCGGAGCUGAAUGGAGCUGUUUUGCACUGGUCUGGUUAUGUAUGCUGGAACCAUGCUGUGCGGAGCUGAAUGGAGCUGUUUUGCACUGGUCUGGUUAUGUAUGCUGGAACCAUGCUGUGCGGAGCUGAAUGGAGCUGUUUUGCACUGGUCUGGUUAUGUAUGCUGGAACCAUGCUGUGCGGAGCUGAAUGGAGCUGUUUUGCACUGGUCUGGUUAUGUAUGCUGGAACCAUGCUGUGCGGAGCUGAAUGGAGCUGUUUUGCACUGGUCUGGUUAUGUAUGCUGGAACCAUGCUGGAAAGGACAAUGCGAAUGUGAAAUAGCUGAGGCAGCUCAGAGCAGUAUUGGUAGGCAAGAUAAUGUGAAAGGCUAAUAGGAGUCAAUAGACUGACAAUUUAAUUAUUGUAACUGCCAGUAGAGCAACUGACUUUCUCCAAACAAUUACUUCUUAAUUCAAAGAAAGAUGUAAUCACUAUAUGUAGUGAGUAUAACAAUGAGUUUGAGAAUUUGUAUAAAAUAGUGUGAAAACUAUUUGAACAAACAAUGUACCUCUAUGAUGAUAUUAAAGAAAGUGAUGGGAAGAAAUGGAUGGGUGAACACAAGAGAGAGCAAGAUAACUGCAUUUGGAGGUUUUAUUAUUUAUUUAACCUUUAUUUAGCCAAGCAAGUCAAUUAAGAAUAAAGUCUUAUUUGCAAUGGCAGCCUGGCAAGAGACAGAAGGCCUCCUCUGGGGUCAGGGCUGGAAUAAAAAAAAAGAAGCAAAAAUUUCAAGGCAAAACGGCCAACACAGACAGAAGACACUGGCAACAGCACAAAUACAACAGCAAACAAAUAGUGGAUGUGUGUGUGCAUGCAGGCUAUUGAACGAUGGAGGGGUUAUGAACAUUGGAAAUGUAUGAAAUGUAUUUGUGGCAUCAUGUAUUUGUGUUGUUUAAAUGAUCCAAUCACCUCAAAUACAAUAAGCCAAGAAAAAAUAUUGAUUUCAAAAACUAAAACAGCCAAUACAUGGAAUUUUGAAAAUCAAAUCGAAUUCUUGUUUUGAUUGUCCUUUGUCAUCCCCAGAUUUAUUUUCAAAUUAUUAUUUAUUUUUUAGACUGCAAUCUGUAUACUUUAGCUGAAAUAAAUGAUACUAUGGUGGA